UACCAUCUAUCUCCUUUCCAUUUCCUCCACCUAGCUAGCUUGCUUUUAUCAUCCACCAUAGCCACCUAGCUUCCUGCUAAGCUACCUGCUUCAUUCUGCUAUUACUCUACCUUUGCUUCCAUCUUUCAGAAUAGAAUGAAGUUCUUUAACUGGAUGCAAAACAGGUUCAAUGGGGGACAAGCAGGAAGCAGAAAGGGAUAUCCAGUUCCUCCUCCCACCACCAAUCACGGAAAACAAGAGCCCAGAAACGAAGAAUUCAGCGACUGGCCUGGCAGUUUCCUGGCAAUUGGAACACUGGGCAAUAAUGAUCCACCAGAAAGCGCAAGAAAACCAGAGAAAAAUGAGAUAAUUGUUGAAGAAGGAGAAGAAGAAGAGCAAUGUUCAUCUCCAGAUUUAGCAGAGUUCACCCCUGAAGAAGUUGGGAAGCUGCAGAAAGCUCUGACUAAGCUCCUUUCAAGAAAACCGGCCUCGAAAGGCGAAGCACAAACCAAUGCUGAUCUCCCACUGGAUAGGUUCCUCAACUGCCCUUCUAGCCUGGAAGUUGAUCGGAGGCUUUCAAACACGUCGGCCGCGAAUUCGCUAUAUGAUUGUGAUGAGGAUGAGAUUGACAGGACCAUCAGAGCCAUCAUUGGCAGAUGCAAAGAUGUGUGUGAAAAGAACAAGCAGCACAAGUCAAUUGGGAAGAAAUCUGUUUCUUUUCUUGUCAAGAAAAUGUUUGUCUGCAGGAGCGGUUUUGCCCCCAGUCCCAGCUUAAGAGACACAUUUCAAGAAUCAAGAAUGGAAAAGCUUCUAAGGACUAUCCUCUCCAAAAAAAUUUAUCCACAAAAUCCCUCCCGGGCGGCGUCACUAAAGAGAUUCCUGGAAAAUAAACGGACAUCAGCAGCAACAGCAACAGCAAUAGCAGAAGAAGAAGAGGAGAAGAAACGAGAGAGGACUAGUGAUUCAGGGAGAUGGGACAAGACUGAUUCAGAAUAUAUUGUUCUAGAGAUUUAGAUAGCUGUGUCUGUAUGGUUCUUGUGCAUUCCCAAUUUCUGAAGAGUAAGGAAAUAAGAAGAGAAGAUUGAAGGAAUUAAAGGGGAUAUAUAUUUCUCCAUUUUUUCAUGGCUGCAUCUUCUGAUGGAUGGAUGCAACUCAUGUUAUGCAGAGAGUGAUAUUUGCAGGGGGGGUGGAAUUACGUGAUUUAUAUUGUGUUGGGUUUUGGAAUCCUUCUUCUUCUUCUUUUAUAAUUACUAAAUUAGAACUCAACAAGAAAAUAGAAUUCUACAAGUUGUAUAAA